CUUUUACCUGAUUUAUAAUUUUGUAUACGGAGGAGGCUCAAUCAAAUGUGAUUUUUAUUGCAGAUUCCAUUACGUUUCAUGGUGCCAAUCUCGUAUUGAUCGAUCGGAUUAUAAACCAAAAUUCAAAACCAGAGAUUUAAAUUAAUUUUCGUGUACUCUCUAUCACCUCUUAUUAACCUGUUGUCUCCUGUACUAAUUGAUCAAGUUUAGCAUGGCAGACUUGCCUCGUUAUUUGAUAGCUUGCUUGCAAACUGGGAAACUGGCUUUGUUAGCAAUUCUGGUGUCAGGAGGCAUUGUGUUGCAGAUACUGGCAUGUGCUUUGUACAACAAUUGGUGGCCAAUGUUAACAGUACUAAUGUAUGUUGUUCUACCUAUGCCUCUGAUUUUCUUUGCUGGGUCAGAUACUUCCUCUCUUUUCUCCCAAUCAGCAAUAACAGUUGGGUAGACGCGACAAAGUUCAUGACUGGAGCUUCAGUUGUUGGUAGCAUUGCUAUACCAAUUAUCUUAAAGCAUGCUGGUGUAAUAGGUUGGGGAGCCAUGGCAAUGGAACUAUCAUCCUUUUUGGUACUUGUCAUGGCCAUUUUGUGUUACCUUGGAACAAACGAUGACGAUGGGUACAGUAUGUUCUGAAGUACAGAACCUUUAUUUGUGAUAAGGUGGUUUGUUUUAGCAGUGAGUGUUGUUUGCUUGAGCAUGUGCUUCUGUGAUUGUGAUUGGGAUUUAUAUAUGCAGGAAAUAUGUUAACAUACAUAGCUGACAUUUGUUAUCAGAUGAAUGUUGAAUUGGGAUAAUCGAAAUUGGUUUAUAGAAAGAAAGCUAAUAGCAAUUGUUAUAUCUUGAUAUUCA